CGGGCACUGUCGCGAUAUUUACUAGAGUCAUCACGAUUCUCCUGCCACCCAGAUCCUCCACCUACUCUCCCAGACUUUGGGUGGGGUUGGGGGCAAGGAAACAGAGACUGGGACUAGGAGACAGGGGAUGUGUUUCAUUGUGUCUUUCCCUACUCAGGGCCCUCCCAUGACUUCCCAGGAGAGGCUGGGGACAGUAACCAAAAGAACGGGGUUCUGGCGCUGCCCCCAGCCAGCCGCUUACACCCCGGGGACCUGCGAACUGCUCAGAGUGAUGAUGAAGGAAUCCAAACUAACCAGCUUCCAACAGCGCCACAUCAUGGACACCAUGAAAAGAGGAGACCCACUGCCUCUGCACUGCAGCCCGACAUUCAGCCAGAGAGUGUCCCCCACCAAGCAGCCGACCUCAGUCAUCUACCUGCCUCCCAUCCUGACUACCCGGCCCCACCUCCGGCCUGCCAGCAUGUGCCAAGCCAAUGGGGCCUACACUCGGGAGCAGUUCAAGCCUCAAGGCACCCGAGAUCUGGAAAAGGAGAAGCGAAGACUCCAGAAUAUCUUUGCCACCGGGAAGGAGCCAGGGGAACGCAAAAGGAAGGCCCCUCCAGUGCACCAGGAGGAGCCAGCCCCUGACCUGGACCGGUUUGAAGAAGUGGUGAAGGAAAUCCAGGAGAGGAAAGCAUUCCUGACUGCCAUGGAGGCCCUGGGGCAGGGCAGACAGUAUCGGGGAAUCAUCCUUGCUGAAAUUUCCCAGAAACUACGGGAAAUGGAAGAUAUUGACCAGAAGAGGAGCGAGGAGCUCAGGAAGGCUCUUACCACUGCUUCAUCUGUCUCAGGAGACAAGAGCAGGGUCACUCCAACCUCGAGCACCAGAACCCACCCCUUGGCUGAACAGGCUCAUCCCCCAGUCAGCCCCCCAAACUGGCCUUCAGCCAUAUUAAAUGGUAGCAUCGCACUCCCCUAGCCUAGGGUACCCUGGGCAUAUCCAGUAGCCUAGAAAAUGGGCUACAUCUCAAAAGAAUGAGCGGACUCCUCUGACACUGGGAUGUUGGGUCAGCUGCUGGAGCCUCCAAGAGACACAUACGUACACAUAUUUAGUCUUUUCUAGAAGAGUCCUACACGUUGAAAGCCAGGCUAGCUUUCACCAUCCUGGCCAUGUGUCUAAGGACAUUCCAGUGGGCCCUCUUCCCACCCCCAAGCCUCUGUGCGUCCUGCACAUCAGUCUUCUGAACUCUGGAAUAAAUACUUCUUCCCUACUUGCCGUAGGACCUACUUAGUGGACUUCUUAUAGUCUCGGGCAAAUGUUUAACUACAACGAUUAAAUGGCCAAUAAAACACGUUGAACAUAGGUCAUUACACACACCUCUGUUUUCAGAGGGAUAAGGCAUAUUUGUUCAGGGAGUUGGAGUUUUUUAAGCACAGGUGGUCUCUGGCUACGUUUGCAUGUAUCAAGUGGAAAUACCAACAUGAUUAAGCACCUCUGGGCACCUGGGCCAGGCUGUGGAAGACACUUUUGUUU